CAUAGAAAUAAUUAUAGGAGAUUCAGUGGACUAGCUAACCGUGAUUGAAAUGUCUUAUGUUUGUCAUAUUUUAGGUUAGUGUAUGUUUUUAAUUUAUAAAUCUACAACAAAUCUAUUUAGGGGUCGUUUGCUUGUUGGAUUUGAAAAUUGAGGGUUUUGGCCAAUAAAGACCUUGGGAUUUAUGUUGGAUUUAUUGGAUUGUGGAUUUGAAGAGUCUAAUGUUUGCAUGAUAGAUUUGAUGAUGGAUUUGUGAUGGAUUUGUUAAAUAAAUAACUAACCAUCAAGGAUUUGCAAAUACCAAAUCAAUAUGUGGGAUUUACAAGCCCGUGGGGUCCACGGAUUUGGUUCCAAAAUAAAGACCAAAUCCGAGGACCGCACGAAUUUAGCACCCUUCAACAAACAAUGGACUUAUGUUACAUCCAUCAAAUUUGGGAUUUGGGUACCAAAUCCAUGACCCAAAUCCGACAAGCUAGUGUUGUCCGAAUAGACCCUUAUUUAAAUCCUGAUAUUGGAAAAAGUUUACAUGAGAUAAAUAAAUAACUGUGAAGAUAAAUGUAUCCUUCCCACUUUUUUUUUAUGAAUUCCUUCCUACUUUUCACUUUGGUCUUGAACAAUAGUUUUUACAUUCCACUAUCAUAUUCAUAUAUAGUGUAGAGAUGUAGUAUGAGCUUGAAGACUGGUGUAUUCUAACUCUCUGCUUCCGCCGGCCGUCCGGUUGUUCUGCUCGGUUCUCGUGGUGAUCGACGAGAUGUGCAUGGCGAUCGGCUCGGGGAUGAGAUGUUUCGGUGGUUGUUUCCUCCUCAUCUUGCCUUUCGGGUUUGGUGGGUACCCAAACCAGAGCUUGGCUCACAACGACGCUCAAAGGAUGGGUGGCGACGACUUGUCGGGAGCGGUGGUGGUGCUUGCCGUGGUGGCGGAGGUUCAGAGGGGCACGUUGGCGGCUAGGGUUCGGGAAAGGCUCUUUCUUGUUUUGGCUCUGGGCCCGGACCCUAUUGGGCUUUCGGGUUUGCCUUUGGGCCUUAUUGUUUGGGCUUUUUCUUUUCAUUUCUGCAUGACCAAUACUAUGGUGCCGCCGUAAAAACUGCGGCACCAGUGACGCUGAUUCUUAUUGGGCCACGUGGAGCUGAUGUGGCAUUAACUGGAUUCAUUUAACCCAAAUCCAAAUAUUAACCUAGCAAGCUGGGCGAACCCUACCACCGUCAAACUAACGGGAUGCCCUUUGGUUUUAUUUUUUCUAUUUUUUUGGCAAUGUUUUAUUUUUCCAUUUAGUUUUCGUUUAAUUAUUUUUCUCCAAAAAUUAAAAACGAUAAAAAAAUGCGAAAAGCAAACCCAAAAACGUCUCCUCCAUCUCCCGCUCGUCUUAUUCUGAAAACAGUGCAGUGUCCGGCGAAGUUAUCUACCACACACGCAGCGAGCAGCUCCUCCGGGCUCCGGCUUCUAGGGGCAUCGGCAUCAUCGACCGCUCCUCCCGCUCCCAACGACGAUUACCCACUCCAUAUCCUCUCGUUCCAACCAUUUCAACUCGAUUUCCAAGGUUUUCUCCACCCAAGAUUCCCUUAAUGAGUUCUAGGGCUCCACAAUCCAGAUUGUCAAUCCAGUGUCAAAGAAUCCUGGCAUUACGAACUUCUUCACAAACAGCUGUUCAGGGAAGAAACAAAAGGAGAAAGUGCUACAUGAAGUGCUCGAUUGGCUCAAUUGCACCCCACAAAGGCAGUGGAGAAGAAGGCUCAGUCAGAAUGACAGUUUAGGGACGUGAGGGUUUGUAUUCUAUCACCUUACUUGUAUACAUGAAAUGUUGAUUCCCAUUUGUUUCACCAUCUUAAUUGACUUGUAAUUUCCGUUUGAGUACCUUAUCCGGAAAUGUAUGCCACUCUCUGCCUGUGAACCACUACUUCCCCUUUUUCUGGUAUCCAUGUUGAUCACUCAGAUAUCUGGUCAUAUUCUCUACAAAGUGGUGUUUUGGAUUUAUUUAGUUUUCAUUCUGGGUUUGCGCUAAUAGGUUUUUACUAGUUUCUCUGUUAGCUCUCAAGGGGAGGUGCCCUUCCCUGCAUAUGCUUGCAUUAAAAAGAAAUUAGGCUUUUACUUUAAUGUGCAGAGUAGUGCCCUUGCCCGAGCACCUGUACUGUUGAUCGAGAUAGGGAAGCACUGAGGCUCGCAAGUAAUGGCACUGUUCAGACUGAUGAACAGACAUUAUCAAUUGAUGUUGAUGGUUGGGAAAAGACAAAAAUGAAGAAGAAGCGCUCUGGGAUUAAACCUGAUGCUUCUUCAAGUUCAGUCCCUACAAAGCCCACUGACUUAUACCGUGAUCCCAAAGAGGGGCUGCACUGACGCCCGUUCAAGGUUGAACGGCGACUCUCAUGGUUUCAGGUGUGCAACUGGGUCUGUUUAUUGUUUACGCAUACAUCAAUAACUAAGGUGUUAAGUUGGUGGUUAAUUGUUCAGAAACUUGAGGUCCCUUCUUCAGUUGUUUUCGGCAACCUACUUGAUAAUGUUUGUUUGAUUGAAUCUACAUAUAUAUGCAGAAACAGUGAGGAAAGCAGAAAUGAUGAAUGUUUUCGUAUCUGUUAGACUUGAUUCAAAUAGUGGUGCCCCUUCUUGUUUGUUUCUUUAUUCCAUGGUCUCCAUCUCUGGUUUAGCCUUGAAGCAGUAAGAGAAGUGUAAUGGUGCCUAACAGGAAGAGUGAAAACACCUUAGCUACAGAUCCUCAUAAUAUUAUGAUGCAAUUUUAAGGUGCUUUUUGAAUUCUUGAUCAUGUUUAUAGUUCAAUUUUCUAUACUUUGUGGUACAUUUACAAAUCUUAGGCGCUGGACUACAAAGAACUUUCAGUUAAGAUUUUACUUGCGUGGCGUAUAUCAUGCUGGCGGGUUGUAAAGUUCUAGUAAUUACCAGAAUCGCGGUUUGUUCUGAAACGUGGACAAUGAUACUUACUAAGGUGUUUGAGUAAUUGUGCAGUCUGCUUACCAAAUAUUAUCAGAAGUAAUUGUCCACUUUCCAUGCUUGAUUCUUAGUUCAUUUUGAUAAGCCCAAGUCAAUUUGUUUUAGACUUUUAGUCUUUAUUUAACUGAAUUCAGAAUUUGCUGUAUGACAUGAUCAUGUACUAUUUUGAUGAUUACUGAUUUAUAUUUUAUACUUUUAGGCCAGGAGUUGCAAGUGCUGGUGGUGUUCGAAAACCCGACAGUGUCUCUCAGUCACCAGACUUGGGUGUCUGCUCAUCCGUCCCUAGGGUAGACCUUGAAAAUGGUUUCGUUCUAAAUGAUAGAAGAGAGUGCAUAGUCAGCUCAGCGAUGAAGUGGCGGGGUUCAAGAAUGACAGUUUGGGGUAGGAGUUGUUACUGAAUGACUCUGAACAGUGAUUUUGUUUGCAGAGUUACUAGUAAGUGAACUGAUGUAUAGAAACACAGAGCUAACCCUUCACUCCUUCAGGCUGAGUUCUACCUUUUUUGUCUAACUCAAUAGAAUUUUCUAAUAUUA